GUCCCCCAAUGUGCUUUUAGCUAUGCAAUCAGUCGGUACGAAACAAAGACGCAAGAUCAUUGCGAAACUAAAGAGUGACGAGGAUUUAGACGAUGAUUAUAAUCCGUUACUUAACGACGUACAAAUACCCGGCGGAAAAAUAUACACUCGUGUCGAAUCGACCGCUAUCGAUGGCUUCUACGAACAGAAUAGUAGACGCCGACAAAUCCCGAAUAUAAACCGCUCAUCAGAAUCAGCAGAAAUUGGAACUGUUUACGAAGAUCCCAAUAACGAAGCGAAGAAUAACCAAUGGCGGAGGAUAUUACUGCUAAUUGUUGCAAUUACGGUCCACAAUAUUCCUGAGGGUCUUGCAGUUGGUGUAGGCUUCGGAGCAAUAGGUAGUAGUGCUUCAGCAACUUUCGAAAAUGCAAGAAACCUCGCGAUCGGGAUCGGGAUACAAAACUUCCCUGAAGGAUUAGCGGUGGCCUUGCCUCUUCAAGCCGCCGGGAUUAGCACGCUGAAGAGCUUCUGGUAUGGCCAGCUCUCGGGGAUGGUGGAGCCUAUUGCCGGUGUCCUCGGCGCAGCCGGAGUGACGCUCGCUGCACCUGCGCUACCUUAUGCACUUGCCUUCGCGGCCGGUGCGAUGAUCUACGUUGUGAUCGACGACAUUAUCCCGGAAGCGCAUCAAAGCGGAAACGGCAAACUCGCCAGCUGGGCCGCCAUCGUCGGUUUCUUAGUGAUGAUGUCCUUAGACGUUGGCCUAGGUUAAGGACAUCGUCCCGAAAGUAGCCACAUUCUUAUAAAUGUGGAUACAAAUCAUGUGGUAAUGGUAACAAGUGUUCACAGUUUAUGAUGACAUCUUCUUAAUUCGCAGCAUUCACCGAAUAGUAAUGCGUUUUCUCGCAAAGAAGUCAAAAACUGAGUGCUCUAGCGAAUAUUUUCCAGUGUUUUUAUCCGCCGUUGCGUGCGGCACUUUUAUCCUCAAAGACUCAGGAGAAUCGAAGAGUAGCAGAAUAAGAAGUGUUUCCAAUUAGGUUCGAGAUGUGCUGUCGUGAUUCCUGAUAGUCAUCGAGCGAUACAUAUAAAAAAUUAUAUGUAUAAAAAAUAUUAAUCAUAUCAUGUGAAACUAUGUUUUAAGUCUCGUCUGUAAUUGAUCGAUGUUCGAUUGACGCUAUAGUGGAGGCUAAGUUGUGUAAUCGCUCAACAAUUUUCUAAACCGGUAGAUAUUUUUCUAGAACGCAUUUCACUUCGUAAAUGUCUUCCUCGUAUCUAGUCCUCGUCGAUGCAAUUCCAGAAAUCGAAGACACACGAUAGCCUGGUUGACUGAACUUAAAAUCGAACAUCGAAAUUGAUGUCUGUCAGGAUUCACCGAGAUAAUCGCAAGAUACAAUCGCGAUUCUGUCGGUAGGUAAAGCAAUUAGAAUAACGUGCAGCGUCGAGAACUGUCAGGAAAAAAUCAACGUCUUAAGCAAUUUUUUCAUUAGAAGUAUCAAACACGUAGAUAGGUUUAUAUAGAUAUUAUGAUUAUGUAUAAUAUAUUAUAUGCAGGGUAUCCCACAACCCAUGCUCAUCCUUUUAAGAACGGAUUCCUUGGAACAUUCUAAGACGAAAAUCCUGAUGAGGCGCUGAGUGGCUUGCUCCUCAGUGCGAUUGACGCGAGAUGUGAAUCCGGGUUCGAUCCCAUCUGCAUCCCAUAUACGCUAUUUUUCGCGUUUGCCAUUCGGAUUCGGCGUUAAACUGUAGGUCCCCUCGAGUGUUGACAAACUCUGUAGAGUGAAAUCCUACUACUACCAGAUUGAAAAAACAUAAGCAAGCUUCUGUUCCCGAAGAGGCUAUAAAGCAAAUUGAUACGCAUGAUACUAUGACCCUUAAGGGGUCGGAAAACUAAACAGGAGAAACAGAAAAAGAAGAAAAUCCUAAUACGAAAAUGUCAAGGCUAUAAUAAUUUUUAAAUUAGCGAUUAAAAUUUAGUAAUCACGGAGCUGAUAUUUCGCGCACUCAGGCUGAUGAUAUGACAAGUGGUAAAGGUGCUUCAGAAUCUUCUCAGCAACUUCAAGAUUAUCAUACAAAUAUGUAAUGACAUUUUUAUUAAGAAAUUAUUGUUGCUUCUAUACGGUAUCUAUUUGUACAUUACGUACACUUAAUUAAUAUUGGAGCAUAUAACAAAAUAUCAAUUUA